ACACUCACGUCCCAUAUCCCAACAAUGAAGGACGUCGACCGUUUGUGUGAACCAGAUUGCGGAGCCCUAGGAGCCCUAGGCUGUUUUCGGUUGCUUGCCAAAGCAUUUGCUAUGAUGUCAUAUACACCAGCGAUUCAAACCAUGGCUGGCCCAAAUUCGCUAUAAGGCUCCUCACUCACUACCAACUUGUAUCGCAUCCACAAUGGACUCCCUUCCAGUUGAUAUGUCAAAUCCUGCUGUACAAGAGUACCUUUCUCUUGUUCGCUUGCAGGUCUUGACUCCCCUCUCGCUUUUGAUUAACAUCGCCACCGUACUUGUCUGUACUGUAAUAGUCAAGCCAUCUAUCGGAGGCAUAACCGACCUAUAUCCAACAUCCAUUUCUCCGAAUCCUGCUUUAAUAGCAGUGUAUGUUCUUGCAAUAUAUGUCGGCCAGGUCGGUUACUGUGUCCUCCUCGUCCUCGCCAGAAAACCUGAGACAAAGAAAGCAAUGGUGAAGGCAGUCGGCCUUAGCCUUGUCCUCGCAAACUGGUUCAUGGCUCUAUGGGCUAUCGCAUGGGUGUUGCAGUUUUUCCUGGUUUCCACCAUCUUCCUGGGACUUAUUCUACUCUUACUCAUCUAUUCCAACAUUGCUUUGCUUACCUAUCACCCACCCUCUUCCGACCGCCCACUGGAUAUCGCCCUCGUACACGCGCCUCUUCGCCUCUUCCUCAUCUUACCCCUCUCACUCAUGUUUCCAUAUUCGCUAUUCAUAACUUUAGGUCUUUCUUAUGCCCCGGAUCUUCCACAAGAUUACACACUGCACCAGUGGUCGGGAUUUGGCGUUUCGUUUGGCGUCAAUCUUCUCGGACUUGCUGUAGUCAUCACCAGACGAGACAUCGUCUGGGCUGUGGCCGCAACUUGGAUUUGUGCAAGUAUAUGGAGCGCGCGGCCCAAACCUGCUCCCGUUAUUAUCGUAGUCAUCCUAUUUACUGUGCUUCACCCACUAGGCCUGUUGGCCUCCAUGAUUUAUAAUCGUUUCUAUAGUAAACAACAUGGAAGAAUUGCUUUGCCUUCUGACGAAAACGAGAAUACACAACACGAACAUGGAGGAGAAAGGAGGGGCCCAAGAGAAGUGGACGUAGAAGCUUUGUGGGGCUGAGCGGAUCUUCGUUGGGUUUCGCUGACGCUUUUAUUUCAUAAUGUGCAGGUGUGCAGACACCAGAAUACAAAUUCACCUGCAUAAAAAAAAACUUACUCGCUAUUUUGUUGGUUCGAAAUGCAACUGUCAUGUUGAAACUUUGCAUCCAAUAUGCCAGUAUCAUAAAGACAAA